AUGGAGAAGGCAACUCAAUUAAGAGGAAAAAAUGAUCCUUCGCCGCGUUCUGGUAGGAAGGAUACAUUGGAGAGCAAAGAAACUGUUGUUCUGAAGCCGACUCCAGGAAUGUUCGUGAGGAGGUCGAAAGCUUCGUUCAAAGAUAAUUACAAAGCUGUUAAAUUAUUAGGCAAAGGAUCCUUUGGGGAGGUUCUGUUGUGUAUUCAUAGAGUUACGGGGAUCCGUUACGCCAUCAAAGUCAUUUGUAAGAGUUCCAUGAAGAAGAAGGGAGAUCACGAGGCAUUAUUGAGGGAAGUCGAGGUUUUGAAAUCUCUGGAUCAUCCUAACAUCAUGAAAAUAUUUGAAUUUUUCGAAGAUGAAAAAUACUACUAUUUUGUUACUGAACUCUACACUGGUGGUGAACUCUUCGAUGAAAUUGUGAGCAGGAAAAGGCUCAAUGAGUACGACGCAGCAAGAAUCACUAAGCAAAUAUUAAGUGGAAUUACUUAUAUGCAUAAACAUAAAAUAGUUCACCGAGAUUUGAAGCCUGAGAAUUUGAUUCUCGAGUCAAAGUCGAUCAAUUCAAACAUCCGGAUUAUAGACUUCGGUUUAUCUACUUAUUAUUCUGAGGAUAAAAAAUUAACUGACAAGAUUGGAACUGCUUAUUAUAUUGCUCCCGAGGUUCUCAAAGGGGUCUAUGAUGAAAAGUGUGACGUCUGGUCUAUAGGGGUUAUAUUAUACAUUCUUUUAUCAGGUUAUCCUCCUUUUAAUGGGCAGAAUGAAUCUGAGAUUAUUAAGAAGGUUCAGCUGGGGAAAUACUCGUUUGAAAUGUCGCAUUGGCAAAAGGUUGCUGAAUCUGCCAAGGAUCUCAUUAAGAAAAUGUUAAUUUAUAACUCUGAGAAGAGAAUAUCCGCAGCUGAAGCUCUGGAACAUCACUGGAUUACUUUUAUGACCAGGGAGAAGAAUAUAGAUUUGCCUUGCUUAGAAUUUACUAUUGACAAUAUGCGCAGUUUCCACUACAAACAGAAAUUCAUCCAGGCUGCGAUGUUGUACAUCGGCUCUAAGCUCUUAACUCGUGACGAAUGUAAAUCUUUAACCGCAAUUUUUAACUCGAUGGAUAAAAAUGGUGAUGGACAACUGGACAGAUCUGAACUUAUUGAUGGUUAUACUCAAUAUCUUAAGUUCAAGGGUAAGGGUAUGGAACUUGUUGAACGUUCUGAGAUUGAAGAACAGGUUGACAUGAUUCUUCAGGACAUAGAUUUUGACAACAACGGUUAUAUUGAUUACAGUGAAUUUCUUACUGUUGCAAUGGACCGCCGCACUCUAUUUUCUAAGGAAAGGCUCGAAAAUGCCUUCAAAUUAUUUGAUUUUGACAAUUCGGGCACCAUUUGUUGCAAUGAGCUUGCCAAGAUGUUCGGUGUUGACGACGUUGGGAAAGAAUCUUGGCAGCAGUUGAUAAGGGAGUUUGACACCAAUAACGACGGCGUGAUUGAUUUUAAAGAAUUUAAAGCCAUGCUAACUAAAUAUUCUAAAUAA